AUGACACACAUGGUCGUCAGCCUCAUUGCUGCCCUCGCGACGGGCGCACAGCUGGUGUCGGCCGUUACAUUCGCAGUGCCUACCAAGACAGGCGUCAGCGGAUAUGCAUAUGCAUCGUUGGCACCAGCACCAGUUGGCAUCUCCUUCGAGUUCUUCACCUUCCCUUCCUACUUCACAAAUGUCACCGCCACCACACAAUGCCUCGCCAACUGGGAGGCUCUGACUGGGACAUGGCCCCCGAUACGCAUUGGCGGGACGACACAGGACAGGGCGUUGUAUGAUCCCACCACGUCGGCCUACGUCGUCUACACCGUUGCGGCUGCCACCGAUGCCCCAGACAGCCUGACCUUUGGGUCCAGCUUCAUGAGCCUGGCUGGAAAGUAUGAGGGCAGCGUGGUGCUCGGCCUGGAUCGUGGCAAGGACAACAUCACCAACACGAUUGCUGCUGCCAAGGUUGCGGUCUCGGAGAUGGGAAAUCUGCUGGCCAUCGAGCUGGGAAACGAACCUGAGUACUGGGCUUCAGAUGACCAGCCCAUCGCGUCCGGAACAUGGACGCCAGCUACAGACGCCGCCUCGCAGGACAACUGGGAUAUCGAGGUAGGCAGCGCCAUCGGCAGAACCGACAUCAUCCAGGCGGGCAACUCGAACUCGGCGCCGCCCACAUGGGGUGCAGCCGAGCUCAUCGCGACGGAGAACACAACAGUAAAGCAGUACGUCGCCACCUACGCCCACCACAACUACCCCGGCGGCACAGUCGAGAGCCUCAUGAGCCACUCGGACAUCGUCAGCAACCUGAACCAGUUCCCCGCCGACAUAGCAGCCGCCGUGAGCGUGGGGAAGCCCUACGUCCUGGGCGAGACCAACUCCGUCUCUGGGGGCGGCGCGGCGACCGUCUCGCCGACCUUUGGGGCCGCCCUCUGGACCCUCGACUACACCGUCCGCGCCACCUACCUCAACAUCACCCGCACCUACUUCCACCAGGGCACCAUCGGCAACUGCUACUACUGCUUCUGGGGCCGCUACGACAUGGGCGCCCCUUACUACGGCGCCACCGCCGCCACCGCUUUUCUCGCCGGGGGCUCGCACCUGACCGCCCUCGACAGCGGGAGCACCGACUACGCUGGCUAUGUCACCUUUGACGCCUCGGGCGCGCCCCUCCGCGUGCUGCUGUACAACUCGGACUACUUUGACGGCUCGGGCACGCGGGGCAGCACGUCCUUUGUGCUCACGGGCCUGAGCGCGUCCAGCGUCAAGGCCAAGAGGCUGACGGCUGCGAAUGCGCUGUCGAGGCAGGAUGAGGGCGGGAACCCUUCUUGGGGCGAGCAGUAUUAUGCCAACGGGACGUGUGUGGUGGGGGGCACCGAGACGUAUGAGACGACGAGCGUGUCGGGUGGGCAGGCGACAUUUACUGUGGCGGCGAGCGAGGCGUUGGUGGUUUACCUGCAGUAA